AUGACUUCACGUGAACAUAGGGCUGCCUUAAAAAAGUGGAGGGAGCAUUGUGCUGCUUACCGGGCCAAACAAAAGGAUGCGACAGUGGCUCUCAAUACACCACGUGCAAACAUGCUUUCAUCUGAUCAAGGGAGCCCUUGUUCAUCUGCAGGAUGCAACACUUCAGUUUCCAUUGACUUUCCUAGUAACCAGAUCCCUACGGUAACGGCUAUCAAUUCACAUCGAAGAAGGCAAGCCAAAAAGCGGAGAGAAAAAGUGAAUAAGGAAAAGGAUGAGAAGAUAGAAGCUCUAAAGAAAAAAGUAGAUAAAUAUAGGAAAAGAAUAACAAGAUUACAAAAUAGAAGUAAGAAAAAUAAAGCAGACACACCCAACACUAAAAUGCAGAAGAUGUUGAAUGAACCUGGAGGUAGAAAAGAAGUGGUUAAGAAAGCGUUGUUUAGCGACGUUUUAAAUGAACAACUCAAAGAAAAUUAUUCAAAUUUAAAAUGUAUUAAAGAUAAACAAAUAUUUACGAAAGUCUUGUCUGGAGUUCGAUUACAAAAGUACAGGCGGUGUAUACCCAGAGACUGUGGUGUUUUGUAUAGAGGUGUUCAGAGUACAAAACGUUACAAUACUUUGACCGUGCCUGUGAUACGGCGGAUAAGAAUACCAAUAAGGUAUUAUAAGCAAGCUGUUCGGUCCUUUUUUGAAGAUGACAGUAACAGUCGCAUAGGAGCUGGGAAAAAAGAAUACGUUACAAAACAGAAUGUGAGAAAGCAAAAGAGAUAUCUUCUUGAUACGAUUCUUAAUUUAUACAAAAAAUUUUUGGCAAAUAACUUCAAGAUUAGUUAUCAAACAUUCUGUCGGUUGCGUCCAUUUUGGGUAGUAAGACCAAGUACACAAAAUCGUGACACAUGCUUGUGCGUAACUCACAGUAAUUUGGACAUGAAGUUGCGGGCUCUAUAUGAUGCAAAGAUAAUUGCCUACAACAACUACCAGAAGUUACUGGAACAGCUAUGUUGUGACCGGUAUAAUGAAAACUGCUUAUCAAGAAGAUACCUUCUUUGCAAAAAUAGACUUCCUAAAUAUAAAGAAUUCAACGAUAAGAGAAUCAUAAAAUAUAAGAUGUGGGUCCAAGAAAGACAAGAAAUCAUAGAUUUAAAGACCAAAAAGCCAAAGAUAGUGACAAAACACCUGAAAAUGGUGUACAAUGGACAUCCCCGUCAAAUAAUAUCACAAUUACAUACAGAUUUAGAAAAAUUCUUUGUACAUCAAAGAAAUAUCAUACAUCAAUACAGUGCUAUAAAUCAUUUAAAACAAAAUCUACAAGACGACGAUGUCCUUAUUCAUAUCGACUUCAGCGAAAAUUAUUACACAAAGUAUGCCGAAGAGAUACAAGCAUUUCAUUUCGGUGGAUCUAGAGCGCAAUUGAGCCUGCAUGUACAUUUCUUGAGCGAUGGCCCCGUUACGCAAUACCGUAACAAAACAAUGUUCUUUAUGAUGGCAACCAAACUACCGCAAGAUAUUCCAGGUAUAGAACAAUUCACCUGGAACUAUACCGAGAGUGGGCAUGGGAAAGGUGCACCAGAUGGAGUUGGUGCAACCUGUAAAAGAACUGCCGAUUUUGUUGUAAAUGCUGGUGGCGAUAUAAAUAAUAUCGAACAGUUUGUACAAUGUGUCCAAGAAAGAUGCCCAAAUAUAACUUGCAUCACAAUCGACAGUCAAGAUAUUCAGGAAAUGUCCAAUAAACUUCAACAGGAGGCAUUUAAGCAGAAGGGCUUCAAAGGCACGUUAAAUGUGCUUCAAGUCACAGGGGUCUUUUCUAGCUCCAUUUCUGACCUCCCAGCAAACUGUAUAACCUUAACAAUGAGGAGCCUCAGCUGUUUUUGCAACACAGGCAUCUGUGAGCAUUUUAAGAUAGGAAUACUGAAACCAAAUCGCCAUGGAGAUGAGUAUAUCAACCAAAAAGGGAAACCUACUUUAAAUGUGCAAUCCACUUGUGAUGCCAGAGAGAUGUUCACAAGUGUUGAUGUCAGUUGGCCUGGAUCAGUGCAUGAUUCCAGAAUAUGGAGAAAUUCACAGACUAGAUCACAACUAAUAAAUAAAGCAAAUGUUGUACUACUUGGGGAUGACGAUUAUGGUAUUGAGCCAUGCUUUAUGACUCCCUUCAGAAAUCCUACUCCAGUAAUAACCGAAAUGAGCGAAGACAGUAGGAAAAAAAUAUCUAGAGAUCGAUAUAAAAAACGCGGACUGGAAAUGGAGGCGCAGCGGAAAAAACUUAGUAGAUCGCUGACCAAAUUCCUAAAACCGAACUGUUCAUCGCCGAAUCUACUUCCAAAUCCAACUGCAGGGCCAGUGAUUAUUAACGAUCAGCAACCAUAUACCUCUGAAAUACUGAUUCCACUCCAUUCACAUUCUGAAUUAAGUAUUAAGUACCCCAAUGUUAGUCAUGCUGAACAGCUUACUUUCAUAAUUCGCUUCGUUCACGGUUCUUCAAACGAAGUUGAAAUUAUGGAGCAUUUAUUGGGAGUUUUCAAAGUUUUGGAUACUACAGAAUUGUCAAAAUUUGAAAUAGAUCUUUAUGAUAUGAGAGGUCAAGGCUAUGACAAUAGUGCAAAUAUGUCUGGCAAGCAUGUGGGCCUUCAAGCUCAAACUGAAAAAUAUAACUCCAGAGCAAUGUUUUUGGCUUGUUCAGCUCAUACGUUGAAUUUAACUGUCAAUGAUGCAGCUAAAGUUUCUUAA